AUGCCUCGCCGAUACACCUUGCAAGACUCGCAGAGCCCUUCACAGCCAACAUCCCAGCCCACCCAACAACCAUCGCAUGUAAACACACGUGCAUUCACGCGGGGCAUGGCCUUGAUUGAGGAACUCGAGCAACAGCGCCGCGACAAACUCGCUCGAUUCACGACUGUGCGCCAAGAGGAGCCCGAUGAGGAUGCAGACUCCAACUCCCCCAUCUACGACGCCUUUCUCUCAACCCAAGGUCCCGAAGGCAUAUUCUCCCUCACGAACUUUUCGCCGUCUGAGUUCGAUCUUUUGUGGGCUGACCUGCGCCAUUUCGUGUCCAAGAACUGGAACGUUGGGUCUGGACGAAAGUCCGAGGACGUCGUGGCCCUUGUCUUCUCGCAGAAACCUCCCACGUUCGAGAAGCGCGUCCUUGGGUACAUCAAGGCCGUUCACCCCUUCUUCAUGCGGUCCUACGACGCUCAGCUUGCCGAGCAGUGGUCCAUGAAGAACCUUAUCGCAUCAGGGAAUCAAUUCAAGAACUUCCAGUUCGUUCGAUACGCCACCGACGUCACGUUUAAACAAACAAAUACUCCAGUACAUCAAUCGACUAAAUGCCAUUGGUACGAAGCUCAUAAAGGACAAGAGAAAGGCAAGUCAAAAGCACAAGAAAAAGCGGAAGGCCAGAUUGUCCAUGUGCUUGGCUGGGGGUAUAUCUCUUGCUGCUGA